AUGACCACCCCCAUUGGAUUGGAUUUUGGUAACUACCACUCCUACGUCUGCGCCGCCCAGCGAGGCAACCUCGACGUUCUCGCCAACGAGGUGUCCAACCGAAGCACACCCUCUCUUGUUGGUUUCUCCUUCAAGAACCGAUACCUUGGAGAGACCGCAAAGUCCAACGAGGUGUCCAACCUGAAGAACACCGUUGGUUCUCUGCAGCGAAUCAUUGGCCGAGCCGGCGAUGAUCCCGAGUUCCUUGCCCAGCAGAAGUUUGUCUCUUCCAAGCUGCUCCCCGUCGACGGCCAGGCCGGUGCCGAGGUCACCUACAAGGGUGAGAAGCGACAGUUCACCGCCACCCAGCUCACCGGUAUGUACCUCAACAAGAUCAAGCAGACCGCCAUCACCGAGACCAAGUCCCAGGUCUCCGAUAUCUGCAUUGCUGUUCCCGUUUGGUUCAACGAGCAGCAGCGACUUGCCAUCAAGGACGCUGCUGCCAUUGCCGGUCUUAACUGCGUCCGAGUGGCCAACGACGUGACCGCCGCCGCUGUCGGAUGGGGUGUUUUCAAGAACAAUGAUCUGCCCGUUGACAAGCCCAAGCUUGUCUGCUUCGUCGACGUUGGACACUCCUCUUACACCGUGUCCGUCGUUGCCUUCAAGAAGGGAGAGUGCAAGGUCCUGGGUACCGCCUACGACCAGCACUUUGGUGGCCGAGACUUUGAUGCUCUGAUUGCUCAGCACUUUGCCGAGAUCUUCAAGAAGAAGUACAAGAUCGACGUCAACACCAACCCCAAGGCUGCUGCCCGAGUCAUGGCCCAGUCCGAGCGACUCAAGAAGAUUCUGUCUGCCAACUCUUCUGCUCCCUUUAACAUUGAGUCCGUCAUGAACGACGUUGAUGUCUCUUCCUCCAUGACCCGAGAGGAGCUCGAGGAGGCUGCUGCCCCUCUUCUCAAGCGAGCCCACAUUCCCGUCGAGGAGGCUCUUAAGCGAGCCGGUGUCACCCCCGAUCAGCUCGACAACAUUGAGGUCAUUGGUGGUUCUUCUCGAAUCCCCUCUGUCAAGGAGGUCCUGUCCAAGGUCUUCAACAAGCCUCUGUCUUACACUGCCAACGCCGAGGAGUCCACCGCUCGAGGUGCCGCCUUCAUCUGUGCCAUGCACUCCCCCACCAUGCGAGUCCGACCCUUCAAGUUUGAGGACUACAACCUCAACUCCGUCACCUACUCGUGGAACCCCGUUGAGGGCGAGGAUGUCUCUGAGCUCGAGGUCUUCCCCGAGGGAGGCUACUACCCCAACACCAAGGUCAUCACUCUUCACCGAGCUGCUGCCUUUGAUGUUACUGCCCGAUACACCAACCCCGACACUCUGCCCGAGGGAACCAACCAGUUCAUCUGCAAGUGGACCAUCUCCGGCAUGCAGGGCAAGGAGCCCGCUGUCUGCAAGCUCAAGCUGCGACAGGACCCCUCCGGCAUCUUCACCAUUGAGGACGCUUACGUUGCCGAGGAGGUUGAGGUUGAGGAGCCCAUUGAGGGAGCCGAGCCCGCUGAGGAGGGCGGAGAGAUCCCCACUCAGACUGUUAAGAAGUGGGUCAAGAAGACCGACCUCAAGAUCGAGGCCCAGGGCCUGGGUCUGUCUCAGAAGCAGCUGCAGGAGCAGAUUGAGCUGGAGAACUCCAUGAUCAUGGAGGACAAGCUCGUUGCUGACACCGAGGACCGAAAGAACGCCCUCGAGGAGUACAUUUACGAGAUGCGAGGCAAGCUGGAGGACAUUUACGCUGACUUUGCCUCCGACGCCGAGAAGGCCAACCUCCGAGAGAAGAUGGAGAAGAUUGAGGACUGGCUCUACGGUGCCGGUGAGGACGCCAAGAAGGCUCUUUACAUUGCCAAGUACGAGGAGCUGGCUUCCAUCGGAAACCUCAUCAAGGGCCGAUACAACGCCAAGCAGGAGGAGGAGCGACAGGCCAAGGUUGCCAAGAAGGAGGCUGCCAACCAGGCCAAGCUUGCUGAGAUGAUGGCUGCCAAGCGAAAGGAGAAGAAGGAUGCCGAUGGCGAUGUCGAGGUUCCCGACGUCGAGUAA